AUGCCCACCUCCUGGCUCUGCAUCCCUCCCACAAGCGACUUCUCUCUCGCCAACCUACCCUUCGGCAUCGUCAGCACCUUAGCCGAUGACACACCCCGCGUCGCCGUGGCUAUCGGGGCAUACAUCCUCGACCUGAAAGCCCUCUCAUCCCUCGUCGACCUCACCCCGCUCUUCACAGCCCAUCAACUCCCCAUCCCCCUCCCGAUCCUCACGUCCACAUUCUCCCAGCCCACACUGAACGCCUUCGCUUCCCUCGGCCGGCCCAUCCACCGCAUCGUCCGCGCCGCCCUACAAGAGCUCCUGUCUGCCGAUACAAAUCAUGGGUCGUUGCUAAGGGACAACGAAUCCGCCAAGGCUAAGGCGCUGGUCCCACAGACAGACGUCAAAAUGCACCUGCCCAUGCAAAUCGGCGAUUACACCGACUUCUACGCAGGCAUACACCACGCGCGCGCGGUCGGGACGUUAUUCCGCGGUGCGGCAAACGCACUACAGCCGAAUUAUGUGCACCUACCCGUGGGGUAUCAUGGCAGGUCGUCGAGCAUCAUUGUAUCGGGGACGCCAGUACGCAGGCCGGUCGGGCAGAUCCUACCCGGCCUGGGGCAACCGCCGAUUACGGCGGCUAGUAGGAAGUUGGACUUUGAGCUUGAGCUGGGAUGUUUUGUUGCCAAGGGGAAUGAAAUGGGAUUGAGGAUGUCCGUCGACCAGGCAGAUGAGGACGGGGUGUUUGGCUAUGUGCUGUUGAAUGACUGGAGCGCCAGGGAUGUUCAGAGCUGGGAGUAUGUCCCGCUGGGGCCAUUCAACGGGAAGAAUUUUGCAACUACGGUGGGGGGCUGGGUGGUGCUGGCUGAUGCGUUGGAGGACGUGAGGGUUCCGGGGCCAGAGAGGGAGGAGGGAUGGGGGGAGGUGCAGGGGUAUUUGAGGGGUGGAGGGAGGAGUAUGUGGGGGUUGGAUUUGGACUUGGAGGUUGAGUUGGGAGCACCUAAUGGUACAACGACAACGAUAACGCGCACCAACGCCCGACAUCUUAUCUGGUCCUUCCCGCAGAUGAUGGCGCAUCAUACUGUGGGCGGGUGUCCCCUUCGCACGGGGGAUUUGCUUGGAUCGGGGACGAUUAGCGGGCCAGGAGGGCCGACUGAAGCGGGCAGUCUGUUGGAGAUUACGGAGAAUGGGAAGAAAGAGUUGGUCCUGCAGGAUGGAGAAAAGAGGACGUUUUUGCAGGAUGGGGAUACGGUGACUUUCAAGGGGUAUGCGGUUACAAAAGAUGGGCAGAGGAUUGGGUUUGGGGAGUGUACGGGGACUGUUUUGCCGGCGUUGGAGCUGUGA